CAUUUGCAUUGAUGCAGAACAUUUGGGGUUGAGAAUAUAAAAAAGUAGGGUAUAGGUGGCAAUUGGUAUGAGUUGGAUUGUUGGACUGAACUGUCUGAAAAACAAUGAUGUUGAAAGAAUGCUGUUGUUAAAAUAGCACAAGCUCGAAUCACUCGUGCCUCUGCUUUCUGUGCACUCAAAUUCAACAUGGUUUGAAGUUGAUCGAGUCAACGGAAAAGACGGAGAAACGGGUGACUCAAAGGAAAGGUUAGAUCAUGGUCCUUUAUGGGACCAGACAACGAAGCUCUUCAUUCUUGAACUGCCUUGCAAGAAACGUGAUCUGCUAAGGCUGAGGCAGUUUGAUUUGUCGGUUUUUGUAACUGAUACCUACCACCAUGCAACAAGAAGGAAAGCCAAGAUUCUUGAAAUUUCACCAAGGAAGCGUACGUGGAGUUGCGUUCAGUCCGAGGGACCGUUACCUCUUCUGUUCGGGUGCAUAUGAUGGCAAGGUGAACCUGUAUUCAGCGCUACGCAUGGAGCUGCUUAUGUGCUAUCAGAUUACUACUAUGACCCUCGCACGCAACGUCAACGCUGUCCGCUUCACAUCGGAUGGCUCCAGGAUUUUGGCUGCUACCACGGCCCGUCGACUGGCCGUGGUGGAUGUAGAACGAGGGGAACAGUUGCUGGCAUAUGACAAUUGUGCAUUUAGUGGCAGAGAUCGAACUGGCUUAGCUGCGGAUCCAGUUUGUCCAAACAUGGCGGUCUCAGUUGCUGUAAAUGGCAAAGGUCUUACCCUCCUUGAUCUCAGGAUGCCUCUACCGCUUGAUUUUGUCUAUGACUUACAUAGUAGUGUGAUACGUGACCUGGCAUUUUUGAACUCCUCGUGGCCCUGGGCGCGUGGGCAUACGAGUGCACUUUUAACAGCUGGUGGUGAUGGUACAUGCAAAGUCUGCACUUUAGAUGGAAGAGUCCUCCAUGCUUUUCAGACUGGACACCAGGUCAACACGAUUUGCCCAACGCCUGAGCCAUACAAUAUUGGUGCUGAUGAUGGAUUUUACAGUGUGAUAAUGAGCGGAGGCGACAUGGUGUCGGCUUAUGUUCCCAACACAGGUAUACAAGAACAUCUGAAGGAUCAUCGUGAUAUGCAGGUCUGGAAACUCAGGUAUACUUCAAAUGGUAGCCAGUUAUAUUCGGUAUGUGACGGAGGGGUCGUUAGGCGUUAUCGCCGAUACCCUGAUCAUCAUGAAUAUUUAGGAGAGGUUUAUCAGCAUAAAGGUGAUAUUCAGGAUCUUGACAUAUCUCCCUAUGAUGAAUAUAUAAUCACUGCAUCUAAAGAUCGUUCAGUUGGUGUUCUGCGUCUUGGUGCUCCAAGUCAUGGUUGGACAGAGUACAGUGAGUUAACUUGAUACCCUGAUUGUUAAUACAGUGCUCAGGUAUCUGGUGACAUAUGAACAGUCAUGACGUAAUACAUUCCUAGUGCUGUAAGAGAUGGUCCCGGAAUGGCAGAUAGUGCAAAAGUGGUCUGGUAACAAAACUAAUACCUAAAACCCCCCACCCAUAUUAAAUUAGAUAAAUAUUAGAAGAUAUCAGUGAAUGUGUAAUAUUCAGCAAGAUCAUAUUAAAUAUCUUAAUAUUUUAAAUAUUUUCAAUGUAAUGUGUUUUGUUAUAUUAUUGUUUAAAUCUUUAAAUUUGUUUAUGGAACAGAAUGCCAUUUGGCUGUUAGAUCUUGCUGGAUAUAAUCAGUGGAUUCUUCAGGUCUUGUGAAAGAUGGUUUUAAAAAAAAUUUGUGUUGGACUAGUAAUUGGUAUUACUAGGAAUUUCUUUGUAAGUUAUAUUUCAGUGACGGUGAGUAUGUCGUGCAAUAUAUUAAUCUUUUCAAGAAUGAAUGUUUAAUUGAAAUUUUUAGCAACAUUAUCAAAUCUUGUAAUAAUCUUGAAUGGCCUUUUCCUGAUGUUUUAGUGAAGUUAUAUAAAGAAUGUGGUCUGUUAGUAAAUUUCAAGUGUUAAACGUCAUAAUCGAGAAUGUGGUGAUGUUUUAAGUUAUGGAUUAAUUCAAGAUGGUGAAUUUAUUUUAUUGUCUGCAGAUGGUAAUUGUGCCCGGUGGUAUCUUAUAAUAUAAUAUGUACAUAAUGCUAGCUACAGUAGCGAAUAUUUGUUUAUAAUUUAGUUAUAGGAUUUAAUUUUUGAAACACCUGUUGUCGGUACCAGUCAGUGGCUGUUAAAGAGCAAGUACUAUUCUUGAGUUUGAUGAGAAGCGGGAUAUCAUAUCGUUGUAUUAUUUAUAAAAUACAAGAAGACGACCAAUUUUAUUUUGAACAGUCAGAUGAGUUCUUGGGUUUGCUUAUGCUAGGCUGUAUCUGAAAUCAGUGUAGAAUUCAAGUAUCAUAAGUUCUCAAAAUGUUGCAUAAAAUUUGACGCUUUUAGAUGUUGGUGAAUUGAUUUUAAGAUUGUUUUUGUGCAGUUUAUUACAAAUUUAUGUAUAAUCGCUAAUGCGGACCAUGUCGUCAUAAUUAGCUGCAUUAUCUAUCCUCAUGUUCAGUUGGUUUUAUGUUUAACCUGACCAAAUGUUACAGCGGCAAUAUUUGUUUAUUCAUGUGGAAAGUGUUUGGUUUGUACCUCACUGAGGUACAAGUUCUUAAUUUUAGAAAUACUUAGCUAAGAUUUAUGUACAAAACGUGAUCAAAAUAUGACAGAUUUCAGAGUCCAUGUUUUUCACAGCAAGGUCUUUGCGUUGUAAUAGAAACUCGUGGACCAUGACAGCUGGAGUCUGUAUGAAGUAAGUUUAUUGGAAUCUGUGGCGAACUUGAAGAAACAGGAUAGAAUUCCAUAUGCAUUUGGAGAAUAUGCGUAUUUGGGAUUAAAAGGUUUUGCUGUAUGGUAAAAAAAACACGAAUAAAAUUACCACUGAAAAUUUCAUCAUAUCAAAUAGACAAACAUUUUCUGAUGUAUGUUUUCUCAGAGAGAUUUUGUGUAGUGCUUCUUACCCUGCCACUCCAGUUAAUGUGUACACAUUUUAACUUAAAGUACUAUUUUUGUAAAAAAUGUACUAUAAUUGUCUGCUUUUUGGAAGCGGUAGGCUAUUAAGUAAAUUAAAUGCCAUUGCAUACAUUAGAAUUAAUUUAAAUUUUAAAAAAAUAAGUGCCUUUUAUUGAUACUUUCCAGUAAUGAAACUAAAAAUGUUCUCUGACUUUUUAUUAUCCCUGUACAAGUAACCAGUUACAAUCAAAUUGUAAAAUUACCGGUACGAACCCUUCACAAGGGGAACUUGUGGUAUAACAUGUGAAAAAAAUAUUUGUUUUGCAUAUAAAAUGUACAGACAUUAAAUGCGCUUUCGGAGAAACAUUUGUGAAACAGUGCAAUAUAAUUGAAUUGAAGUUUCUUUACUUUUCUGCAGAUGGUACAGUAUAAGAGAAACUCUCAGAGUGUAGAGCGGUAAAGUGAUAUAAUGUGAGCUGAAGUAGUCACCAAUGCAGAGAAAAUUUUGAGUUGGAGUUUUCUCAGCCAAGACCAUCUAGGGAUUUGUAGGAACAGGACUUUAUAACCUGACUAUACAGAGUUCAUGAUGUUCUGUAGUGACCUAUGCAGUAGAUGUAAUUUUCUUGUUUUCUUAAUGUGCUGUUAGUAAAAUGUAGAAUAAUUACUUUUUCGUUGUUUUUUCUUGGAGGUGGAAGAAAUAAUUUUUAAUAAUAUAACCUGUCUGAAGAAAUUGAAUAAUUAUCUUAUAGGAGUCUUGAUAAUAUCAUCACUGUAAUUUAUGUUGGUUAAUUUUUAUAUGUAGAGGUAGGUGUCGGUGGUGAAUACUGGUCUAGAAGUCAGGUCAUGCAGAACUUCGGUAUUAUUAAAUCCCUUCUAUUAUUAUGCGGCUUUAUGUAAACCAUUUAUUUUAUAUUAGUUUGAUUUUAUUGGACUGGUAGUGCUACUAGCCAUACCAGAGCAUUUGCCACUGUUAGGAGUGUGAUUUUUUAAGAAUCCUGGAAUUCUUUUAUUGAAAAAAUACAAAACCUAAUAAAAAUUACAGAAUAUUUGGUCCUAAGUUGUAGGUUGUAUGGGCUUAUUUUGUACCAUCUGAUUUACUAGACUCAAGGAUACACUUGCUCAUUAUAUAAGCUUCAAACUGAUACUGUAACAUGUCCAGAUAGCAUAAAAUGCGAGGUUACAUAGUUAUGUAUAUUUCUUGUCACAGAUGAUUUAGUAUUUACCCCAAGAAAUUUAUUAUCUUGUAAAUUUAUUUAUUAUCACAGAAUAGUAGUUUCCUAAGUAUUAGUGUUAUCUGUUUAAUUCACAUGUUAAUUAAUGUCUUGUCCUUAUGAUGUCAAGAUUAUAUAAAUGUGACAUUUAACUGUUGAUGUAUUAUGAAAGGGGCAGUAGUUAAUUAAAUAUGAAACUCUUAAGUUCAGUAUUUGGCAAUAAAUUUUUUUAUAUAUAAAUAAAUCAAAUGUUAAUGGUACAACAAUGUCUUUACUAUAAAACAUUCAUAUAUCGCGUAGUUUGUAUCUUUUCGAUAUAUGUGAAAGAAUACAAUGUAAGCUACAGGCUUUAUAGACAGAACAUGAAAUUAAGGAAUAGCUGUGUAAUAAUCCAGAUUCCACCCUUUUUUUGCUGGUCUAAAUAUCCAAUUUGCCACAUACAUAAAUAAAGGUGACAUUCCGUCUGUUGUUUCGCCUUGCUACUGCAGCAUCAGUCGACGCUGGUUUCUGUUGGACGCUCUGUAGUAUUCAUACUAAGUGUCAGAAGUGUAUAGAUAUUUGUUUAAAACAAAGUUUAAAAACUUUCUUCUUGUGACAUAGUACAGUGGAUUUUACUUAAUUUUAAUUGUUAUUAUUUUUACCAUUUGUAUGGCCUACAAUGUAAUUGAAUGAAGAAAAAUGAAUACUUGUAGAACAUUUUAUGAGGAGCAUUUUGCUUGCUUAUUAAGGUAUUAGGAUGGAGCUGGAAGUCACAAAGUGUUAGCUCUUCGGACUGAUCUUCGAUCUCCUCAUCAUGAUUUUAAAUUCGCACAUAACUAAAAAUGUGUUUAGACUUAAGUAUGAAAUUCUUCAAAAACCAGACCAGAAUAAAUUUGUUCUUCCAUAAAUUUUGAUAAAAGUUGGUCAUGCUCAUCAGCCCAGCAUUUCUGAAAUUAAUUUGUUUAGAAUUUAAUUAUGGUUUCUGGGUUGUGAUACCAUGUGGUCUUGUAGGUUGUUAGCAAUGUUUUGGUGGAUUAUAUUACCUCCAUAUUCAGAAUACACUUAUAUCCUGAAAAUCGAGCUGAUAAGUACCUUGAAAUGUUGGUACCAUCUGCAAGACUACACAGUGUCACAACCAAGAAACUUCUGGCUGGGAACGACCCGUUCUUCAAGUGCAUGAGCACUGCGGGUCCCAACUAUUCAUUGGCUUGAUCUAUAGACAUUCGGUAGAGACUCCUCGGACGAGGGAUCGGCCCGUCGCGAGGCCUCUACCUGUACACCUGACAGCACAACACAGCCAACCAAGAAAAACUCAAUUAACUUCUUUGCCCCUGUGAAAACCUGAAAUUUGAGGCAGUUUAUAAUUGAUUGGCAUAAGAACUUUGAGAUAUUAACCCACAGUUUUUCUCAACUUCUUGUUGAAGUGAAGAUAUUUGUAACAAAACAUGUCUACUUAUGACUGAAGUAUUAUUGUAAUUUGGUAAUUGGAACUGAAAUAGAAUGAAUUCUCGGGCUACUAGCCGUGUAAGGUUGUUUAAUGAAGAAAAGGGUGUUUUUAUUAAACCACCUUACAUGGCUGGUAGCCUGAGAAGAAUUAAUUAUACUUAGUCACCGUGAAAACUUCGGAAGUGAAAUAGAUUAAAUACUGGGCUUUUUUGUAGUUGUGGUGUCACAGGACGAGAUAACUGGAAUAACCGGAUUUAUCUUGAUAUAUGCUUAUGUCAUGAUUAUCAUUGUGCAGUUAUUGAUUUCUGUAUGUGUUAUUUCUAGAAUUAUAGUGAAAUGUCAGCUGUGUGAUUGUUAUGGGACCAAAACUAACAUGGAAAAACGUAACAUAAUGGUAGAAUUUAUACUAUGUAAACACUAAAUGUGAUAAAUAUUAAUUUAUCCUUGUGAAACAUACAACAGAGAUUUUUUAUUCAUGAAUCCAUUUCAUUUGUUUGUAUUCUUGAAAUCUGUGCAGUCUUUGAACUGAAACGGAGACUCUUCAUACACAUUUAUUUCUGUUUCAAAUUUGUAACAAUUGAACUGCACCAUUUUAACCUUAAACAUCAUUGAGUCAAAGAUCAUGGAGUGGAAAGUUUUUGUGGUGAAGAAAAUACUACAAAAAUGGAAAUUCUAUGGUUACAGUACUUUUUAAAAUGUUUGUUUAUAUGAAGGAAGGACAAAAAAUGUUUGGCAUUUAGUUACGUAGUUUGAAGAGAGAGCCUGCCUGAUCACUGGACUGGUCGUGCUGGACACCCAUCCAUCUAUACGCGCACAUGAUGUUGAAGCCAGACGAGCAUUAUUGAGGAAACCUAAGAUAGCUUGUGACAUCAUUCACAAUUACUGAAUAUGAAGUGUAGCACAGUGAGAUAAAUUAACUACUCUUACUUAUCAGCAUAUCCUUAAUAUGGUUCAGUUAUCUUUGCAAGCUGUACUAUCGAAUUUUAUCAUUCACAUUUGAUGAAUAAUCAGGGAGGAGGUCAUAAUGAACAUAUAUGAUUUGAAGCUUUCACGGCGACAUAACUCGAUAAAAUCUUGGGCGAUCAGUUUUGUCUUAGAACCAUUUGACGCGGCUGAUCGCCAGAGAAGCAUAAUGAACAUGUUUCACAUUGAGGACUGUUUUUUUAUGUGUAGAUUGUAAAUGAAAGAAGUUGUAUGGUUUGCACAGAUAGUUUAAAUGUUAUGACUAAAUGCAGUAGUUUGAUGAAUAAAAAGUCGCCCUUUACGUACACACGCAAGGUUCCUCUGUGUUCAAAAGGAAUUGAAUUUGGUGCCAAUAUAAAAAUUUAAAGUGGCAUUCCUUAAUUUCAAGCAUUGGCCAGAUUUGCUGGAUUUAGUGAAUGUUUGAUGGCUGUUGACAGUACUAAUUGCUACUUUAUAAAAAGUGACUGAAUGAUAAUAGUAACAUAUAUUCCUCCAAAACCUGGUGUCCUACAUCUUCUGCCCAUCACAUCUUUGAUUUAGUCUUCUUAAUAUUUAGUGAUUAUGAAACUCUUUGUGCUGUUAUGUGAUAAGUAUUGUUACAGUAAUCAAACAUUUUUUUCUCUGACAGAGGCUGUUCAUGUAAUAUUGUUACGUCUUUGUAGUAGUAAUUGGAUUGUAAUCCCCUUUUUUUCAAUUAUUAUUUUGUUGCUGUGUUUUGAGUAUAUAUUUUAUUUUAAAUAAGUAAUGUCAUUGAUUAUUCCGAAGGGGGAAGGGUUAUUAUCAGAAUUGUUAUAUCGUAAGCAUUAUUGAUAAAGGUUAAACAAGUGUAUUGGAAUUGAGUGUGCAAUUAUUGAAAAUAUUGUGUGUCAGAAAAUUAUUGCAUUAAUUACCAUGUAUGGUCUACUAGUGUUAUACUGAUAAAAAAUAUUUUGUGCCUGAUGGGGAACACACUGUUUAUUCGAAAAAUGGUUUAUGUAUUCGGUGAUGAAUCAUAAGGAUGCUUUCAUAGCAAGUCUGAGGUUGUCACCCCUUACAAUUUUCUGGAUGUUUCUCUCCGUGAAAAUUUGGAAUUUCCCGGUUCUGACCAAUUUCGACUGAAGACCAGAGUCUGCAGUUUAAAACUGCAGAGGUGGCAACUCCAUCAUGUAUAAAAUAUUGGACAACAACAAAAAUAAUGUUACCUCAUUAUGUAGAAGAAGAAUGGUCCCAUAUAGACUAAGUAAGGUUUAUUAAAUAUUGAUUUUGUGUGGCAUUGUUACACCACAGUGCUUUACAUAAGAACAUAUGGCAACAGUUUAUUCAAUUUGUAUUCUGCAACUGUUAGUAAAAAAUAAUUUUCAAUUA